AUGAGGAGGGAGCACACAGCACACUCCUUCUCCUCCUCCUGCUCCCGGCUCUCCUCCUCCUCCUCCUCCUGCUCUCGCCGCCGCUGCCGCCGCUGCUGCCGCCGCUGCUGCCGCCGCCGCUGCCGCCGAGGCAGCCGUAGACUUUAGAGCCCCGGUCCAGCGCCAGCCGCCGGCGCCGCGCCCCCGCCCUGAGAGGGACGCCCCGAGCCCGGGCCCCGCACACCCCCUGCACACAAGCAGCCCCGCACACCACCUGGGGGCCGCCGGCUCGGGAUGUCUCGCCGCAAGCAAGCGAAACCGAGAUCCCUCAAAGACCCCAACUGUAAACUUGAAGACAAGACUGAAGAUGGAGAGGCACUAGAUUGUAAGAAGAGGCCGGAAGACGGGGAGGAGUUGGAAGACGAAGCCGUGCACAGCUGUGACAGCUGCCUCCAGGUGUUUGAAUCGCUGAGCGAUAUCACAGAACACAAGAUUAAUCAAUGUCAACUGACAGAUGGAGUGGAUGUUGAAGAUGAUCCGACUUGCUCUUGGCCAGCUUCCUCACCUUCUAGCAAGGAUCAGACUUCCCCUAGCCAUGGAGAAGGUUGUGAUUUUGGAGAGGAAGAAGGUGGCCCUGGGCUUCCGUACCCAUGUCAAUUCUGUGACAAGUCGUUUAGCCGCCUCAGCUACCUAAAGCACCAUGAGCAGAGUCACAGCGACAAACUGCCUUUCAAAUGCACCUACUGCAGUAGGCUGUUCAAACACAAGCGCAGCCGAGAUCGCCACAUAAAACUCCACACCGGGGACAAGAAGUACCACUGCAGUGAAUGUGAUGCCGCGUUUUCCAGAAGUGAUCACUUGAAGAUCCACUUAAAGACUCACACGUCCAACAAGCCAUAUAAAUGUGCCAUUUGUCGCCGUGGGUUUCUGUCCUCUAGUUCCUUACACGGACACAUGCAGGUUCACGAGAGGAACAAGGACGGCUCCCAGUCCGGUUCCAGGAUGGAGGACUGGAAGAUGAAGGACACUCAGAAGUGCAGUCAGUGUGAGGAAGGCUUUGACUUCCCAGAAGACCUCCAAAAACACAUUGCAGAGUGCCACCCUGAAUGCUCCCCAAACGAGGACCGAGCGGCCCUCCAGUGUGUCUACUGCCAUGAGCUCUUUGUAGAGGAGACCUCCCUCAUGAACCACAUGGAGCAGGUGCAUAGUGGGGAGAAGAAGAACUCAUGCAGCAUUUGUUCUGAGAGUUUCCACACAGUUGAGGAACUGUACAGCCACAUGGACAGUCACCAGCAACCGGAGUCGUGCAAUCACAGCAACAGCCCUUCCCUGGUCACAGUGGGCUACACCUCCGUGUCCAGUACGACUCCAGAUUCCAACCUCUCAGUGGACAGCUCAACCAUGGUGGAAGCUGCCCCGCCAAUCCCAAAGAGUCGAGGGAGGAAGAGGGCCGCUCAACAAACCCCUGACAUGACUGGUCCCUCGAGUAAACAAGCAAAAGUUACCUACAGCUGUAUUUACUGCAACAAACAAUUAUUUUCAAGUCUUGCAGUUCUGCAGAUUCACCUGAAAACUAUGCACUUAGAUAAGCCAGAACAGGCCCAUAUUUGUCAGUAUUGCUUGGAGGUCCUGCCCUCACUCUAUAACCUAAAUGAACAUCUUAAGCAAGUGCAUGAAGCUCAGGACCCAGGUCUGAUUGUUUCUGCCAUGCCUGCCAUUGUCUACCAGUGUAACUUCUGUUCCGAAGUUGUCAACGACCUCAACACUCUUCAGGAACACAUCCGAUGUUCUCAUGGAUUUGCAAACCCUGCAGCUAAAGAUAGUAAUGCAUUCUUUUGUCCCCAUUGCUAUAUGGGGUUUCUCACUGACUCUUCCCUGGAAGAGCAUAUUAGACAGGUUCAUUGUGACCUCAGUGGCUCCCGAUUUGGGUCUCCAGUGCUUGGGACUCCCAAAGAACCAGUAGUAGAAGUCUAUUCUUGUUCCUAUUGUACAAAUUCGCCAAUAUUCAACAGCGUUCUUAAACUGAACAAGCAUAUCAAAGAGAAUCAUAAAAACAUUCCCUUGGCCCUGAAUUAUAUCCACAAUGGGAAGAAAUCCAGGGCCUUAAGCCCCCUAUCUCCUGUGGCCAUAGAGCAGACAUCUCUUAAGAUGAUGCAGGCAGUAGGAGGUGCACCUGCACGUCCAGCUGGAGAAUAUAUCUGUAAUCAGUGUGGUGCUAAGUACACAUCCCUAGACAGCUUUCAGACUCACCUAAAAACUCAUCUCGACACUGUGCUUCCAAAAUUGACCUGUCCUCAGUGCAACAAGGAAUUCCCCAACCAAGAAUCCUUGCUGAAGCAUGUUACCAUUCACUUUAUGAUCACCUCAACGUAUUACAUCUGUGAGAGUUGCGACAAGCAAUUCACAUCAGUGGAUGACCUUCAGAAACACCUGCUGGACAUGCACACCUUUGUCUUCUUUCGCUGCACCCUCUGCCAGGAAGUUUUUGACUCAAAAGUCUCCAUUCAGCUCCACUUGGCUGUGAAGCACAGUAAUGAAAAGAAAGUCUAUAGGUGCACAUCUUGCAACUGGGACUUCCGCAAUGAGACUGACUUGCAGCUCCAUGUGAAACACAACCACCUGGAAAACCAAGGGAAAGUGCAUAAGUGCAUCUUCUGCGGUGAGUCCUUUGGCACCGAGGUGGAGCUGCAAUGCCACAUCACCACUCACAGUAAGAAGUACAACUGCAAGUUCUGUAGCAAAGCCUUCCAUGCGAUCAUUUUGUUAGAAAAGCACUUGCGAGAAAAACAUUGUGUAUUCGAAACCAAGACACCCAACUGUGGAACAAAUGGAGCUUCCGAGCAAGUGCAGAAAGAGGAAGUGGAGCUGCAGACUUUGCUGACCAACAGCCAGGAGUCCCACAACAGUCACGAUGGGAGCGAAGAAGACGUUGACACCUCUGAGCCUAUGUACGGCUGCGACAUUUGUGGGGCAGCCUACACUAUGGAAACUUUGCUGCAGAAUCACCAGCUCCGAGACCACAACAUCAGACCUGGAGAAAGUGCCAUUGUGAAAAAGAAAGCUGAGCUCAUUAAAGGGAAUUACAAGUGCAACGUGUGCUCUCGAACCUUCUUCUCCGAAAAUGGCCUCCGUGAACAUAUGCAGACCCACCUAGGCCCUGUCAAACACUACAUGUGCCCUAUUUGCGGAGAGCGGUUUCCCUCCCUUUUAACUCUUACGGAACACAAAGUCACGCAUAGUAAGAGUCUUGAUACUGGAAACUGCCGGAUUUGCAAGAUGCCUCUCCAGAGUGAAGAGGAGUUUUUAGAGCAUUGCCAAAUGCACCCUGACUUGAGGAAUUCCCUGACGGGCUUUCGCUGCGUGGUGUGCAUGCAGACAGUGACCUCCACCUUGGAACUCAAAAUCCAUGGGACAUUCCACAUGCAAAAGACAGGGAAUGGGUCUGCAGUUCAGACCACAGGGCGUGGCCAGCACGUCCAAAAACUGUACAAGUGCGCAUCUUGCCUCAAAGAAUUCCGUUCCAAGCAAGAUCUGGUGAAACUUGACAUCAAUGGCCUGCCAUAUGGUCUGUGUGCCGGCUGCGUGAAUCUCAGUAAGAGCGCCAGCCCAGGCAUUAACGUCCCUCCCGGCACAAAUAGACCAGGCUUGGGCCAGAAUGAGAAUCUGAGUGCCAUCGAGGGGAAAGGCAAGGUCGGGGGACUGAAGACACGCUGCUCUAGCUGCAAUGUUAAGUUUGAGUCUGAAAGUGAACUCCAGAACCACAUCCAAACCGUCCACCGAGAGCUCGUGCCAGACAGCAACAGCACACAGUUGAAAACGCCCCAAGUAUCACCAAUGCCCAGAAUCAGUCCCUCCCAGGCGGAUGAGAAGAAGACCUAUCAAUGCAUCAAGUGUCAGAUGGUUUUCUACAAUGAAUGGGACAUUCAGGUUCAUGUUGCAAAUCACAUGAUUGAUGAAGGACUGAACCAUGAAUGCAAACUCUGCAGCCAGACCUUUGACUCUCCUGCCAAGCUCCAGUGCCACCUGAUAGAGCACAGCUUCGAAGGGAUGGGAGGCACCUUCAAGUGUCCUGUCUGCUUUACAGUAUUUGUUCAAGCAAACAAGUUGCAGCAGCAUAUUUUCUCUGCCCAUGGACAAGAAGACAAGAUCUAUGACUGUACACAAUGUCCACAGAAGUUUUUCUUCCAAACAGAGCUGCAGAAUCAUACAAUGACCCAACACAGCAGUUAGUGCAAGUACAGUCUCUCAAGGAGAAUUGCUUUUGUGGCACAAAAAGGGAACAUGUUUUACUCUUUGCACGAAACUUUCAUUGUUAAUGUAUAUUAUUCAGAAACAUUGUAUUGUACCAUAAAACUUGUAUUAUCAAACUGUUGGAUGUUCAUGUGUUUGAACUUUUGCGCACCGGAUAGACCCCUUGUAUAUAAAGUGUUGCACAUGUAUUAUGUCGUCUGAUACUAAAAUGGUCUUAUAAAGACAAGUGGACUUGGGCCCUAUUCAGGCAAGAUCAAAAAAAAAAAAAAAGACGUAUGACCAAAAUGGCUUAAGAUAAAGUAUUUUUAAGGAAGAAAUAUUAAAAACAACUGUUAUACAUGAGACUAUGGUUGGACUUCCUUUUCUUUACACUUAAGCCUAGAAUUUCUCUUUUGGUAUAUCAGCGCUUAAAUCCAAGACUAUUUUUUAUUGCUGAAGAUUCUUGCAAACCAUGAAGAGAUGUUCUCACAGAACAGAACCCCACAGCUGGAUAAGGCCCGUAUAUAUAUAUUUGUAAGCCUUGCAAUGUGACAGGUAGCAUCACUAUAUAUGCAAUAGUUGUUAUGUAGACUGUCAAAGAAUUUUUUUUUCCCUGGAUACAUUUGAAGCUUUGAGUGUUCAAGGUUUUCCUUAAUGAUUUCAUGCAGCCAAAUUCUUGAAUCAGUUGAACUAACCUGUAUGUUACUGUUACUAAUGUUUACUCUGCGGUCUGAACCUGGAGAUUACUGGAAUUGUUUUCCAAGAGGAAAUAAAUUCAGUUUACCAUUA